GCCACCGAUCUGAGCCACGCUGGGGCGAGCGCUCGCAGUGCGAGCUGAGUGUGGAGCCCGAGGCGGACGCCGACUGUCCCGGCCCCGGCUGCGGAGCUGCUCCGCCGUCCGCCGCCCCGCGUAGAAGGAAGCAUGCUGGCCGUCGGCUGCACGCUGCUAGUCGGCCUGCUGGCCGCGCCCGCGGUCGCGCUGGUCCUCGGGAGCUGCCGCGCGCUGGAGGUGGCAAAUGGUACGGUGACGAGCCUGCCAGGGGCCACUGUUACCCUGAUCUGCCCUGGGAAGGAAGCAGCAGGCAGCGUUACCAUUCACUGGAUAUACCCUGGCUCACAGAACAGAACAUGGACUACCAUGGGAAACACACUGGUUCUGAGGGCCGUGCAGCUCAGCGACACAGGGGACUAUUUGUGCUUCCUGGAUGGUCACUUGGUUGGGACUGUGCCCUUGCUGGUGGAUGUUCCCCCAGAGGAGCCCAAGCUCUCCUGCUUUCGGAAGAACCCCCUUGUCAAUGCUAUUUGUGAGUGGCGUCCGAAAAGUACCCCCUCUCCAACCACGAAGGCUGUGCUGUUUGCAAAGAAAAUCAACACCACCAAGGGCAAGAGUGACUUCCAGGUGCCCUGCCAGUAUUCUCAGCAGCUGAAAAGCUUCUCCUGCCAGGUGGAGAUCCUAGAGGGUGACAAAGUGUACCACAUAGUGUCACUGUGUGUUGCAAACAGUGUUGGAAGCAAGUCCAGCCACAAUGUACCGUUUCAGAGCUUAAAAAUGGUACAGCCCGAUCCACCUGCCAACCUUGUGGUAUCAGCCAUACCUGGAAGGCCUCGCUGGCUCGAAGUCAGCUGGCAAGACCCUGAGUCCUGGGACCCAAGUUACUACUUCCUGCAGUUCGAGCUUCGAUACCGACCUGUAUGGUCAAAGACGUUCACGGUGUGGCCGCUCCCGGUGGCCCAGUAUCACUGCAUCAUCCAUGAUGCCUUGAAAGGAGUGAAGCAUGUGGUACAGAUCCGUGGGAAGGAGGAGUUUGACCUUGGCCAGUGGAGCGAAUGGUCCCCGGAGGUCACGGGCACUCCUUGGAUAGAACCCAGGACCACUCCGGCAGGGAUCCUCUGGAACCCCACACAGGUCUCUGUUGAAGACUAUGACAACCAUGAGGAUCAGUACAGAAGUUCUACAGAAGCAACCAGUGUUCUCGCCCCAGUGCAAAAAUCCUCAUCUGUAUCCCUGCCCACAUUCCUGGUAGCUGGAGGAAGCCUGGCGUUUGGGUUGCUCCUCUGUGUCUUCAUCAUCUUGAGACUCAAGAAGAAAUGGAAGUCACAGGUUAUGAAGGAAAGCAAGAUGACUUCUCCUCCACCCCCACCGUAUUCCUUGGGACCUCUGAAGCCGACCUUCCUUCUGGUUCCUCUCCUCACCCCAUCAGGGAACCAUAACAGCUCUGGAUCGGACAACACUGUAAGCCACAGCUGCCUGGGUGUCAGGGACACACAGAGCCCUUAUGACAACAGCAACAGAGACUACUUAUUCCCCAGAUAAUCGUCUGGAUGGUACCUGGCAGCUGGCUUGGCACCACUAGAUCGGUACACAGGUUUCUCACUGCCUGGGUUGGGGGUGGUGCCGGCAGGGCUGCAGCUUCACUGUCCCACAAGAGCUGGGCAAACAAAAGCUCUGAGUGGGUGAAGACUGGUGUGCUGCCUAGGAUCCGAAGGAAGGGGCUGUGAGGAACACAGGCCAUCAUGAAGAGAGCCUGCGAUGACUCUGAAUGGAGACACCCGUCAGCUAUGCACCUGAUGGUGGCUCACAAGCUGGAAGCCUCAGGAAGGGGUGCCAAAGGCUGCCCCAGUUGCCUAGCUCUGGCUCACUGUCCCAAGCCACCUUUUAACUUGAACUCCUAAAGUCCAAGCCCCUUUGCCAUUCUCUUUCUGAGGCCACUGAGGCCUGGAGGAAGCUUGAUUCUACUUUCCUUCGCAACACCUGGAAAGCAGCCGGAAAAGCAGCUGACCCGGUGCUGGUGACUAAUAACUCAGGGUCCGAUGGUUUACGUGGAAUGACAAUGAAUUUCUCAUAAGCAGUUUUUAAAUGUGAAUGAUAAUCCUAGGCACUGCUGGCUGUGGAGGUUUUAUUUUCUUCUUCGAUCUCAGGAGAAAAGCAGAACGGAAGCAGAGAGAGGAUGGGUGUCCACUGUCCAUGUGGAACUCGAGGGGGAUACAGCUUGGAAAUCACAUGUCCUGUGCCCCUACUCUCCCAGAAGAGGGAUGGUGGUAGGGGGUGCCUCUUCCAGGGCAGAAAGUGCAACUACUUUACCCCAGCUUUGCCCAUACUGGUUUCAACUGGACUUGAGACGACAUUCAUGCAAAAAGAAAACUAGCUAGCAAGAAUGCACUUUCAUUUUGGUUUUUAGGGAACUCUUGACUGUUUCUCUUGAGACCUUGGGAGAGGCCGCUCACUGCACGCUGGUGUGUGAGCCCUCACCCCCACCCCUGGAGGGCCAAGUGCAGUAACUUUAGCCCAAACGCCAAGUCAAGUGAAAAUCAAGAAAAAAAAAAAAAAAAAAACACUGUUUCUUAUAACAGAAAAGCCUUUGGUUUCGUUUCGUAUUUUGAUUUUUUUUUUGUCUUAAAAAGUGUAAAAAUAGUCUGUCCGUACUCUGCUUCGGGGAAUGAGCCUGUGAAUACCCCCAGGCGUAGGCAGGAAGGGUGUCUGCUUCCUGCUACACCUCAGCGUCACCUCGGCCUUCCUUGCUUUACUUUUGACUGAGCCACCUCAGUUGCUUUCCCCUGGGGCUUUGAAGAAUCUAGAGAUGUUAGUGGUCACUGAGGAGACCACAGAGCCACAGAGCCACAGAGCCACAGAGCCACAGAGCCACAGAGCCACAGAGCCACAGAGCAGUGCGGCCAUUAAAGUGAGCUACGCAACCACAACACCCCACGUCUGCCGUCCUACAGAAUUAUGCUAGUAGCUUGUCUUUUCAGAAAAUACCACCACCACAAGACGGGGCAGAGCUCAGAAGCUGUCACCCUGUGCCAUCUGCUUGCCAUCUCCAAGGGGCCACUGACUUAAGCAGUUAGAUAUUUUUUUUGCGGGCUUUUGUACAUUUCAGGGCUUGUUGCUGUCUUAGAAAAAGCUCUGGAGGUUGACAAAAAAAAAUCAAGCAGGUAUUCAUGUUUAUUUUUUUUUCCUUCUUUCCUCCUUUGCUAAGUUUUUGGGACCCAAGGGUAGCAAAAAUGUUGUGAAGGGGAAAUAUCAGAAACAGCAAUCUUCAGAGGACAGGUGCCUAUGCCCACGCACAGUUCUUCAGUCUCUCACCAGGGCUCUGCCCGAAAGCUGUUACCCAAACAGACCAGGCAGAGCGGAAGAUCGAAACCCAGAUAGCUCAUUAUCUCUGAACGCUAAAUAGCUUUGAUCUCCAAGUUGUUAUUGCUCUCACUGUUGUUGUUACAGGAUAGCCUCCCCCAGCCCCAUAUCAAAAGGAUGCUUUUUCCUUUUGACGUUUUUCUUUUUAAUAAGCUAAGUCAAUGAAGUCUGUUUCGUCUGAGCUCCAGUUCACACAGGUGUAUGCCCUCAGCUGCUCUUGGACUCAAAUCUGUGCUAGCUGAAUGGGUGUCCCAUCUUGGGUCACUCUUACUGGAGUUUCUGUUGCCCACAGACUGCCUUGUCAACAGUACCACUUACCACCAGCAUUCAGUAGCCAGGCUGCCAGAUGUGGAGGGUUUAGACAGAUGUUCUAAACGUGAUCUUUGUUUCUUCUGGCAUUAGUGAAAUAGCUUUAAACUAUUUCAAGGGAGAAGCCUUGGCCACACCCAUGACGUUUGGUGACAGUCCUUUCUCUCCAUGAGCCUUGCCCUCGAACCUUCUCACCUGGCUGAAAGCUCACACUGAAUCUUUUCUAUGUCCCUGGUGUCUUGGGAGAAAGGAAACUGGUGUGGGCUUUCCUGCUGGAAUUGUCUUGGAGCCAGUGUAGAGCAGAGCCCAGCAGGCUGGGCCCUGGUUCAUUAUGGCGUGCCGGUUUAAGGAAUGCCUGGCUUGCCUAGUUGCUUGGGUUCUGAGCUGCAGAAUUUCCUAAGCAGUUCUUUAUGGCUGACCUAGUUGGGGAAGAUUCCCACACUCAACUGCAGGUGGAGGUGGUUUCUGAAAACAGAAACCUGUUCUCAUGUGGAGAGAAGGAUCAUCCCAAGAGCCUUUUCUUUGGUCCAGCCUACAGUGAGGUCUGGUGGGAGGAAGCAGGCCAGCUGGUUCAGGUUCUGAGGCUGGCGCUGGGGAGGGUCUGCCAAAGGUCUCCCCAGCCUCUAGUGCUAGUGUAGUUGGGUGCCAGUUCCAGGAAGUUUCUAUGGCAACCUUAACACUUACUAAGGAACACUGUCAGUUUUGUGAACAUAUGCUUGGAUGGAGAUCUUGUUUUCAGGGAAAGGACUGGUACAGUGUGUAGCAAACUGGAAUGGACAGAGAGACUUUUUGGCAAGAGAUCACGUCCGUUAAACAGGAUACCUCAAUGCUACAUGUUUUUGUCUCUGAGACAAUAGUUUUAAGGUUUUUACGCUCUGUUACCUGUAAGCUGAUACCUGAGACUUUCUGCAAAGUCAGUGUUUUUCAAUGCCUUUUUUUUUUUUUUUUUUUUUUGCCAUUGUUUGCUUUAAAGUGAAAUUUGUAACAGUUUGAAAUAAAUAAUUUCUAA